AUGCCAUGGACUCCACUCCCGCGAGAGCUGAAGGUGCACUGUUUGCGGCUGCUGCAUGCCAGUGAUGUGUUAGCUUGCAGCGGAUCUUGCCGCGUGGACUUUGCCGCUGUUGAUGCUGAGGAGCUGUGGGCACUCCUAUUCCAGCGGGAUUGGCGGUGGCUUUGUGCUGAUGGACCGUGCAACUUCACGCCUUCCAGGCAAAGCCACCGAAGACUUGCAGAGAAGGUUGGCAGCAGCCGAGCUGCCUUCGUGGUCCUUGGUGGUUGUGUCCGAAGAGAUGAUGGGGGACGCCAUGCCGAUGGAGUGGUUCUGUCGGUGCUGUCUGCAGAUGACACGAAGGCCCCACGCUGGCGGUCAUACAGUGGGCUGCCGAUGGCAAGCCGAUGCGCGGCAGGCAUUUGCUGCAAGGGCGGUGCCGAAGUGUCAGGCCGGCUCCUGGUGGCCGGCGGCUUCGACUUCUCGGAGGAGCAAGCCUCGGCUUCCUGUGAGUCCAUUGACAUUGCCGACCUGCUGGCUGAACGCCCAGCUGUGCAGGCGUGCCCUUCCUUGCUGCAUCCCAGAGCUUGCCCAGGUCUUGCUGCGGCAUCCGAGGCUGUGCUUGCAGUGGGUGGUGGAAGCAGCAUGUUCACUGCAGCAGAGGCUUUCCGCAGCGUGGAGGUGCUCUGCACGGCUGCGACGAAGUGGCAGUAUGGACCAUCUUUGCAAAGGCCCCGCUGUGCAGCCGGGGUUUGUGUCACCUCCAUGGGACACGCCUAUGCGAUCAGCGGCUAUGCAGGCAACGACUGCUACGAGGAGUCCGUGGAGUGGGCGGACCUCGCGAGCUCGGAGGGGCUUCUCCGCGGCUGGUUUGCUGGCGCGAGCAGGCUGCGCAGCUUGCUUUGGUCCAGACGGAUGCGUCUGGGUCCUGGGUGGCGGCUGUGA